AUGACCGAAUAAAGUAUUACAAGAUAAGUUAAAAAAUAUAAAUUAGUAUUUAUUGGUGAUUAAUCAGUUGGUAAAACUUCAAUUAUUAAUCGUUUUAUUUAUGAUAAUUUCGUUGGAACUUAGCAACCAACAGUAGGAAUUGAUUUUGUAGCUAAAACUUUGCAUUUAGAUAACAAAACAAUAAGAUUAUAAUUAUGGGAUACUGCAGGUUAAGAAAGAUUUAGAAGUCUUAUUCCUUCAUAUAUUAGGGAUUCCGAUGCAGCUAUUUUAACCUAUGAUGUUACUAAAGCAUAAUCUUUUCAGAAUCUAAGUAAAUGGAUUGAAUAUGUAAAAGAAGAAAGAGGUAAUGAAGUUUUAACUAUUCUUUUAGGAAAUAAAAUUGAUUUAUAAGAAAAUAGGUAAAAAUAUUAAUUAAAAAUUAAUAAAUAAAAAAUAAUAAAAUAAGAUAAGUUUCUAGAGAAGAGGGAGAAAAGUUCUCUUAAUAAUUAGGUUUAAUAUUUUAAGAGGUUUCAGCAAAAAGUGGUGAUAAUAUUUCUAUUGUAUUUAAACAAAUUUCUUAAUAGCUUUUGAAUAAUGAAAAAAAUGAUUAAAGCCCUUUAGAAAUCUCCUAAUAAUAAUAA